AUGCUGCGCCCCCCUCAGCAUUCUUCUGUUGCAUUGCGCAAACGCUACAGCUUGAUCAGCUCUACUGAAGAAGUCCAGAGCUUUCAAAGAACGAAGAAGCGCGUGUCUGAAGCAACGGCCUCUAUAGCAGGCGCUGCAGUCACCAUCGGUCAUGACGCACUAGCCACUGGAGUCGAUCUCCUACAGCUCGCGCCUAUACCGGCGUUGAGCAUGGCGGGGUCUAUUCUGCUGAACAUAUGGGAAGCCGUCGAGUUGAUCGAGAUCAACAGAGUAGCUUAUCUGCGUCUCACUGAACGAUGCGCUGAGACGCUGAUAUCCGUUCGACGAGAGGUUCAGCUAGCGGGACCAAACCCCGCACUUGAACUAGCCGAUCCCCUGCGUGCACUGCUCAGUGCCUUCAACGGGGUGUAUUCCUCCCUCCUCAAACAAACACGACGUACGUUCUUGCAACGAUACCUGAAACGAACAGAAGAUCAGCGCGAGAUCUCCGAUUGCGACACUUCUCUCAACGCAGCUCUCCAGAUGUUCAGUCUCCAAGUCCAGAUCCGUACGCUCAAGCUUGUCCAGGAGAGCGAGUCGCGUCGACAGGAAGAUAACAGGAUGUUAGCAUCUCUUUCCGCGGCAUCGUCGAGAUCGGCCUUUGAAGUUUCCGGAGAGGAAACGAUGUUGGACUCUGCCAAAGUCCAUAUCCUCUUGUCGAGCUACAGGCGUGACCAGAACAUACGCGAUCGCAGAGCAGAUCUCGCAGACUUGCGGAUGCUAUUGAGAACUGCUCUGCAACAGCGUAGCGAUCUUGCUAUGAUAGAAGUGCUACAGAUCGGACGGGACGAGAUGCCGGAGGCUAUCAGUACUUUGCAACGUGCUUUACAUGUUGGAGUCACAACUCCAAACCAGUACACUCAGUCGAUACUGACGGUGUCUGCCGACGGCGACAUGGAGCAACGAUCGGAAGGGCGAGUACUCACGGCGCGCGAAGACUUGGGCACAUCGCACGGACUGGACGACUUCGACCGCGAAUUCAUCACGACUGGCAUUGCCGCGUUGACACGUCUCAGUCAAGGAGCCGACCUCAGUGUUCCGAGUUGGACGAUCACUCGCCACGAGAUAGACCUAGAGAAGAAGAUCGGUAUUGGGUUCUUUAGCGACGUUUACAAGGGCAGAUGCCGUGGAAGGACUGUCGCCAUCAAGGUGCUCGCGGACACUACCCCACGCAGCCUCUUCGUCCGCGAGGUGAACAUCUGGAUACAGCUACGACACCAGAACGUCAUAGAACUUCUGGGAGCAAGCUCUGCCACCAGCGAUCCUCCUUGGUUCUUGGUCAGCAGAUACUACCGCCACGGGAAUCUUGCCCAUUACCUUCACGAUCGCAAGACGUCUCAGACAGACCACUUGAAGAUGAUGCAUGAGAUCGCUCAGGGAAUGUCCUAUUUACACAGUAAAGACGUCUUGCACGGUGACCUGAAGGCAUCGAACAUCCUCGUAGACGACUCAUUGUGUUGUAUCAUUGCCGACUUUGGGCAAAGCGAGAUGAGAUCUGAAGUCUUCCGUCUCAGCGCCUCACCUCCAUCCCGUGGGACAGUGAGAUGGCAAGCACCUGAGGUCAUCAUGGGAGCAGUUGCAAGUCUCACGCCAGGAGCCGAUGUCUAUGCCUUUGGUAUUCUGUGCGCCGAAAUCGUUAACCAAGGCGCCAUUCCCUGGCCGUUGGCGGAUGAUAAUAUCAUACGCCAUCUUGUAUGCGUUGAGAACAAGCGGCCUGAUCUACCUCCAUCCUUCGAUCACCAUGCCGCGCGCAUCAUCCAAAUGGCUUGGGAGCGUGAUCCGCAAAUGCGACCUCCCUUCGAGGAUAUAGCACGCCGCAUUGACUCUUUCCGAGGCAUAUUCGACUUCAAGUCUAGCGGUAUCAUGAAACGAGUUCUGCGGCAUCCGCCCAGCACCUUUGCUUUGACCGCUAGACUCGCAUCCGCCAUCAACCACGUAUCCGCUGGUUCCCUCUUCAAGUCUGAAAAGCGCCCUGCGACCCACCAAGUUCGCUCCGAUAUCAGGAACGAAGCGAACGCCUGCGCUGGUCAAUACUAUGCCGUCAAGCCCCCGGUCGAUAUUGAAAAAUCGAAAUUCCGAGUCGCAUGA